AUCGGCAGACGCGGCGUACAGUCGGCAAACGGUGACUGCAGGCGAGCAACGUGAAUUUUCAACGGCCAGAUCAUUCAGUAUACUGUUCGUUUUAGAACCAUGAAGUCCUACACAAUGGUCAGUGAUAUUUAUUUUGAUAAUUUAGUAUUUGUUAAAAUUCUGAACGACGUUCAUUUCUUUGGUUUGUGUUCCGUCCGCAAACAACUUGAUUAAAUUAGCCUUUUCUAAACGUGGUCAAAUGUUCCGAGUUUUAAUCCGUUUUCAUUUGGUUUUAUAGGUACUGUGUGAGUGUACAGUACCAAAUAUAAAAUUAUUUGGUAUAGCUAAAUUGCGCGAAACACGAGAUUUACUAUAAGUUAUAAUUAACAUGAGGGGGGGGGGGGGGGGGAAUUAAGCGUAAUUUAGUAAUUUGCUUUUGGGCGUUUUAAUUACAAAUUCGGACGACAAUCGUAAAAACGACGGCAUUUCAAAACAUGUUUAACCAUAAGAGAAUUUCCGAUCGGAAUUCCGUAUUUCCUCAGCAAUGAUUUAAAUAACUUUAUGUAUCCUACCUUCCCAACUUCCACAUACAGCUGUAGCACAAUCGCCAGCAAUAUUAGCUCUUUUUUUUUCAAAACAGGUACUUAAACAUCAAGUUUAACCGAUUUUUUUUUUUAUUACGAUAAUUUUAAUUCAAAAUAUGUUUACCACAACCCGAUUAGGCUUGUUUUUCAUUUAAGUUUUAAGCCCGAUUAACACUUGUACGCCACAACAAAGCACGAAACGCCUAAACAUUCUUUCCAUAUAAUUGCAUACGGUAAUACGAACUUAUCUGUACCAGAACGACGAAUGUUUUGUCGGCCUGUCGGAAUCAAUUUAUUUAUUAAAAAAAAAAAAAAAAAAAAAAAUGUCAAUCGGGUUUUAUGUCAGGAGGACACAAAUGUAGAGAAAAAUUAAAUUUUUGAUCGCUGAAAAAAUACUUUAUUUUUUUACAUUUUAAAAUGUCUAAAACAUAUUUUCUAAAAAUUUGAAUACACCAUACUUACAUAGGUAUUUGAUCAACAACUUCUUAUUAAUAUCCAUUUUAGUUUCUAGAAUAUCGGUGUCAAAACAAUUAUUUUUAACUAGAACAACACGUUACACUAUAAGGAAUCGUAAUCAGUAGGUACGAUAUAAUUCCUUAUCUUCUAUUGAAUAGGUAAAUUAACUGUAUUCACGCCUAUUUUCUAUGCAUUAAAGCCGCUAAGAAACUAUUGAUCGGAUAUGAAUACACGAUACAUUCAAAUGUUUAGAAUAAUACAUUUUACAAAAUUGCUAUUUUAAAAAGUUUAAAAAGUGAAAAAUCAAAGUUAUUUUGUUUUCGUUGAAUUAGAGAUGAAAAUUAAAAUGUAAUUUUUCUCUACAUUUGUGUACCCUUAACACAAAACCCGAUUGAAAAAAAAACAAAAAGAAAAAGAAAUGAACAUUGACAGAAUUAUAACAUUCGGAUAACACCGUAGAACGCCCCUUAUAUAUCUAAUAAACUAUUGUAUACAUUAUAAUAUAAUAGUGAAUAUAAUAGGUUUAUCCAAAAGAACCAAUUAUAUAUAUUUUUUUUUUUUAUUUUUUAUUUUAUGGAAGUCGAGUGACUUGAAGGGAAAAAUAUAUUUUUAUAAUAAAUCUAGCAAAAAAAAGUUUGACCAUCCUAUGACCCAUACAGAUGUAUGACCCAAACAUCUAUUAUAUCGAUGUACCUCAUAAUGACUUAUAUUUUAUUAUGUGUAUGAUAUUUUACAGAUGUUAGCACUGAGCGUGGCAGCAUUCGUAGUCAUUCAACAGGCAUCGGGUGCACCUCAACACGUUAACGUUCAACAUGAAAACGGAGAAUAUAAGAAACGCGAAGAAACCGAAGAUUAUAAUAAAGAACACAACGACGAAUAUAAAAAAGAAGAACACGGAAAAUAUAAUGGAGAAGAAGAACACGAAAAACAUAAAGAAAACGAAGAACACGAUACAUACAAAGAAAAAGAAGUACACGAUAAAUAUGAAAAAAAAGAAGAACACGAAAAGUAUGUAGAAAAAGAUGAACACGACACGUAUAAUAAAAAGGAAGAACACAAUACGUACAAAGAAAAAGAGGAGCACGAUACGUACAAAGAACAAGAAGAACACGACAAAUAUAAAGAAAAGGUAGAACACGACAAAUAUAAUGAAAAGGAAGAGCACGACAAAUACAAAGAAAAAGAGGAAGACGAACAUAGAGAAAAAGAGGACGAACACAAAGAAAAAGACGAAGAACAUAAAAAGUGUGGACACAACAAAUACAAAAAUCACAGUGACUGGCAUAAGGAACACGAAGGUCACGGACACGGCAGCCAUCACGAUCACAGUGGUGGAUAUCACGGACACGGUGGACCCAACUAUCAUCACGGCGAACACGAUCAUCCCCAUAAAAAUUAAUAAUAAUUUAUAGUUAUAUAAUAACUCGUACCUAUGUAUUAAGUGUGUGGGAAAUUUAAGUGAAGUAAAUUAUUGUACUGGUGAAAAUCUAAAAUGUAUACGAAUACAUUUUAACGAGGAAAAUUACUGUUGAGAUUUUUGUUCAGCCAGAUUAUGUAUUAUCUAUAUAUUAUAUAAAUGUGUAACGUUAUAUAAUAAAACACGAAUUUA